UUUAUUGUUGCUGGGUUUUUGUUGUUGCAAUUUUGUGCAGUUAUAGCGCAAGUGAAUCUAUGUACACACAUAUAGAGUUCCAAAAAUAAGUUAAUCAUAUAAAUGGAGGAACAACGAAUUGAUAAAAUUUAUGGAGGAUGUGAAGGACCAGAUGCUCUUUAUGUGAAGCUUAUAUCCUCAGACGGUCAAGAAUUUAUUGUUAAAAGAGAACAUGCACUAACCUCGGGUACAAUAAAAGCGAUGUUGUCGGGACCUGGACAGUUUGCCGAAAAUGAAGCAAAUGAAGUGCAUUUCAGGGAAAUACCAUCGCAUGUUUUGCAAAAAGUAUGCAUGUAUUUUACGUAUAAGGUCCGCUACACGAACAGUUCUACCGAAAUUCCAGAGUUUCCAAUAGCACCAGAAAUAGCUCUGGAACUAUUAAUGGCCGCAAAUUUCUUAGAUUGCUAAAAAAGUAAGAUGUAUAAAAAAAUAAUAUUGUCAUGUAUCUAACUAAAUUCAAUAAAUUUUAACAAAGAUCCAUUAUAGUGCCGAAAAAUUGUUACGAUUUUUAUGUGUUGACAUGGUUUUUGUAUAACUAUUUAUAUA